AUGUCUUCUUCGACCUACAGCAUACAACCAUCUCUGCUUGACAGCAGCAACGGGAGUGACAGGACAUGGCCCGCUGUCAACCGCGAAACAGCUGACCACGCCCAUCCACCUCCUUCUACGGCCUCCUUCGUCUCCAACCACCUGUCGCCCUACUCACAGCUCCCCAAAAGCUCUGCCUCGCCUGUGCUGCAGGACGCGAGCACGCCGGCAGACUCUUUAUCCGCCUUCAGCGACCACUACCAGUCGAGCGACUUGAGCGAGCUCGAGGUCGACGCUGACCCAUUCUUUGGCGUUGACUUCAACAACGACGGGGGUACGCCAUCGUUCUUGGAUGACCAAAACUCCAGUGAACACAGCGACUCGUCGUUCCCUCGGGCACGGCCGUCGAGGCCCCAACAUGCGGCCGAUCUGCAAAACUACCCCUUGAGCCCUGACCCUACAACACCUUCCAUUCAUACGACGUCCCCCAGCAGUGAGGACAAGAGCCCUAAACCCUUUGGCGAAGCGCUUCUUGAACCAGUCUCGUUUCAAGGGUUCUCGCACGCGCCGAGAUCAGUCCCCUCCCACACAACUCUGAGUCGGCUCGCCACGAAGACCAGCCCGGAAACUCACUUCGCUUCGCGUUCUGCCGAAGACAGCAUAGCAAUGGCCAGCCCGAGCCCCCGGGUCACUGUUUCCAUGUGGGGGAGGGACCAGGAGGGUCUCUAUCCCGAGGAUCUAGCGAGUCCAACGACCGUUCGGGCUGCCGGGCUUAGUACCGAUGACAACUUUGUUGAAGCCUCGUACCAGACCUCGUCUGUCGCACGUGACGAGCAAGGGGCGUGGAUUGCGCACCCACGAGCUGGAUACAGGGGCUGGGGCCCCGAGGACCGUUCUGCCGGUGAAUCUGUUAGCAUUAAUGAGCAGGAUGCGCGCCGCAAAGUCGCAGAGCGCAACCAGGAAGUCGGGAACUGGAUCGUGUCGUCCGACGAUGGUAUGCCUCCUGAAGGCACGACGGAGUUCCCGGACUUCUAUGACUUUGGCGACGACACAAUCAGCUCCAGAGAGAUAGCGAUGGGCAACGAAACUGAGAACAAACCAUUACCCGGGCAGACAUAUUAUACAGGGGACGGUGGAGCCCUGACACAAGAAGAUAUCGAUCUGAUGCGGCAGCAUCGGGUCUGGUCAGACGCACCCGCGGUGUUCCAUAUCAGCCCAAACGACUCAGCUCGCCAACAGCCCGAGUCAUCAAAGGCUGCAAUGGAGAAGUUUGAGCAGAUGUGCCAGGACAACUCGUCCAUCCUUUCAAGAGCAGCGACCUGGGGCACUCGUCGCCGAAGCUUACCGAGCAUCACAGAUAUAGACGGCAUCACCAGCGGCAGCUUCUUGAAAAAGCUCUCGAUAAGCCGAGAGAGGAAGCCCAGCGUGCUUUUCAAAGAGAUUCGCGGCUUUGUCCGAAAGUCUAGCACAACCAAUUUGCUGAAGCGCAAUCGCAGCAUUCAGGAAGGCGUCGGCUCGGGUGAUAGCGAGGCUCUGGACCGGCGAGAGAGUCAGAACAGCCUGGCGCCCCCAGGCCGCACGGGCAGCUGGGGCAAGAAGCAGCCUAUGCCUUCCCUCAACACAGCUCUUGUCUCUAUGGCCGCGGGUGCUGCGACAAUUGGCACCAGUCAUGCCCGCACCAGCUCUGUUAGCAACGCGACUUCGCCAAAGAGCCCCUUCAAUCUCCAGGUUAUGAAUACUCUCAGGCGACCAAGGAGCAAGUCAGAACUCCCAAAAGGGGCCAAGGACGAGUCUCAUCCCAACCUUGUUGGCAUGUGGAAGAAGAAUGGUGGUCCACCAGUCGCUCAGCUAGCAAAACCUGCACCAGCAGCGGAUCUAGACGAUGACGAGGAAGACGAUGAUGAUACUUACGAGGAAACCGGCCUCAACACGCAAGCCAACAAUGCCAUUGACGAUAUAACGCCUAACUACGCCGGAUUUAGGCAGUAUGCGCUGCUGAUGAACCCACGCUUAGCGGAACACAAUACCUACCUCGCUGACCGGAUCGCACAUCAGCAGGUCAUCCGAUAUAAGGCCCUGUUGAAUCAUAAAGUCAAACACCUUCAGCAUAUCUCAUCCAACAGCUGCCCGUGCGGCACUAUGUGCAUCGCCCUCGGAGGAUCGGCUAAUCUACUCGACACAAAAGGUGACGGUCGUGGAUUGGACCCUCUGUCCAAUGUCUACGACGGGUCUGAAGGAGAUGUGACUCCACUCGAGGGGGUGGUCACAGCAGAAAGCUUUCCCCCAGAUAUUCCGAUGCCACCGGCCAGCACACUGCCGGCCGAGUUUGAGUGCCAGCUUUGCUACCAGGCCAAAAAGUUUACCAAGCCCUCCGACUGGACGAAACAUGUCCACGAAGAUGUACAGCCAUUCUGUUGCACAUGGGAUAGAUGCAGGGAACCCAAGAUCUUCAAGAGAAAAGCGGACUGGGUGCGACAUGAAAAUGAGGGCCACCGGCGAGACAACUUCCUGCAGCAUCUCGUUCGGGAGCAUAAAUUCCAGGAGCCAAAGAUGAAGACCAAGGCCGCAAUCAAGCGGGCUGGAGGCCAGGACCCGACGUGGCAGAAGGUCGAGAGGUGCCAUGCAGAGACGACGAGCAGACCACAAGAUGAACCUUGCCGGUUCUGCGGCAAGUCGCUUCCUACCUGGAAGAAGCUCACUGUCCACCUGGCAAAGCACAUGGAAAACAUGACACUGCCGGUGCUCCGCCUGGUAGCUCGCAAGGAGCUCGAGCCUGAUUCCAUCAUCAGUCCAGUCCAGGAGCCUCCGCCUAGGAACUUCCCUCCUGCUCCUUCAGUGAAGACCGAAGCUCAGCUCUUCAACCCCUCUCCGCAUGCCAGCCACUCACCUAUGCAGCAGCAGCAGCAACCGGGCGUGCUGGCAUAUCCGAACAAUCAACACUCACCAUAUGGCUACCAGACGCAGCCAGCCUUCCCCAACACCUUCUAUGGCUCCUCGAUGCAUGGCCUGCACCAGCCCAGUGCCGCCAACCUUGGGCUUCAGCAGAACGCGAUGGGUGGCAGCUUCCAGAGCCAAGGGGCCUAUCAGAACCUGCCUGCGACGACCGGCCCAUUCAUGGCACCGGGUGGGCAAUUCAUCUCGAUUCCACAACACGUCGAACCCUUCCCGGCGUUCAUGAACCCCCUCGGCCUACAGGAUGCCUCCGGAAACCAGAUCUACGAUACAACGCUUGACCCUGCCAACGCUGCAGGACACUACACUCCGCAGGGGUCAGCAUCGCCGUACUCACGGUCACCCCUUCAGGGCCAGGGUGGUUUCUACUCCCACCAAUGA